AAUAUUGUAUCAUGCAUGUAUUGUUUGUUGGCCGGUCCCCCCCUCCGCAUUCCGCAAGGAAGCUCCCCUUGCGCACGGUGAUAGAUAGAGUUGAUAUAAGUAUAAGUAUAUCCCCUCCUUCCCUUUCCUUCCUUCCUUCCUUUCUUCCUUCACUCGUCAUCCCAACACCACCAGCCACCACCAGCCAAACACCACCAGCCAAACACCACCACCACAAACCCAACUAACCACCCAACCAACCAACAAAAAUGCCCCCCUACGCCCCGACAAUCGGCUCCCCGCUCACGACGCUCGACACACCCAGCAUGAUCGUCGACCUCGCACUGAUGGAAAGCAACAUCUCGAAGCUCUUCUCGACACUCCUCCCCACGGGCGUCUCGAUCCGACCACACCUGAAAACCACCAAGAGCGCGAUCCUAGCGCACCGACUGGUCGCCGCGGGGGCGACCGGCUGCUGCGUGGCCAAGGUAUCAGAAGCAGAGGCGAUCACGGCGGCGGGAUUCACAGACAUCCUGAUCACGUGCGAGAUCAUCGGGGCGGCGAAGGUGAAGCGGCUGGCGGAGCUGGUGAAGAAGUAUCCCGGGCGGCUGCGGGUGGUGGUGGACAGCGAGGCGGGGGCGCGGGCGAUAGACGAGGCGCUGGAGGGGUUGGGGUUGGGGGAGAGGGAGGGGUUGGACGUGCUGGUGGAUGUGGAUGUGGGGUUGCAUCGGACGGGGGUGCACGGGGAGGAGGCGGCGGUGGGGCUGGCGCGGGUGGUGGCGGGGCUGGGUCGGUUGCGGCUGAUCGGGGUGCAGGGGUACGAGGGGCAUUUGCAGCAUGUGGGCGAGCGGGAGGAGCGGCGGAGGGCGUGUUUGGCGGCGAUGGGGACUCUGGUUGGCACGGCGGACCGGCUGCGGCGGGAGGGCUUCGAGAUCUCCGUCGUGACGACCGGAGGGACCGGCACCGCGGAGUUUUGCGCCUCCGUCCCCGGCGUCACCGAGUUGCAGCCCGGGUCGUUUAUCUUCAUGGAUACGGAUUAUCGCGAUGCCGUCGGGCGGUUUUAUUCCAAUAGUCUGACCGUCCUGGCGACCGUCGUUAGUCGCCAGGGGCGGAGGCAGGUCACGAUCGAUGCGGGGUUGAAGUCCUUGACUACCGAUAGCGGGCUGGCGGAGUGUAAGGACCCCCGGUACAGCCAUCGGAAUCUCGGCGAUGAGCAUGGCGCGUUGACUUGGGACGAGGGAACCCCUGACCUACACAUCGGGGAUCGCGUCGAGAUGAUCCCAAGUCAUAUUGAUCCGACUAUCAAUCUGCAUGACUUUUAUUACGCGCAUCGGGAUGGCGUCAUUGAGGAGAUCUGGCCCGUCGAUUCGAGGGGUAAGGUGCAGUAAGUAGAUUGGAAUAUGUUGACGGGGUCAGAAAAUCCUCUACUACUGUUUCUCUAUAACUAAUAUGUGGGAGUUAUUCUUAUCAAAUCAUACAUAUAUACUUAAC